AUGGAAUCUGAAAAUAGGGGUUUUAGAUCAGGCAUCAGGCACACAGUUCAGCCAUCAGAGAAUAGGAAGAGCGGCGGAUUCGUCUUGAUUGCGGGCGCGCGGAAAGGGGAAUGCGCGGUGUUUCGGGCAAACCCGGGGAGUGCGGAGGAAGGUGAGCCGGGGAUUCUUUGGGAUGAGCAGGGCAGACAAUCAGCUGAGGAUGAUGAAUCCAUCGGACACCACGAGGAGGUCUGCGAAUUUUGGUCGUUUGGACUGUACGAUUUGCCGUGCUGGCUUCAUCAUAUAGCAAGAUUUCCGUGCCGUCCUCCACAGCCAAUGGAGGUGAAGCACGUGGAGGAGGUUCAGAAGCUCAGUGCGGUGAUAUCGGAGCUCGAGCUUAUACUUCACUCUGCCGCCGCGAAGCCGCCUGAUCCCCUCUUCUGCUUCGAUCUGCUCAAGAAUCUCCAUGCCUCCAUCGAGCAUGAACCCGAGGAGUCGCUGCAGCUCAUGCAGCGGCGCAGCGAGGACACCCUGCAGGCGCUGCUGCUGCAGGGCGCGGGCCCCCCGAACCGGCGGCUGCUGGCGGGCGCGCUGGUGCGCGUGAUAGAGCGCGGGGACUCCAUCUCCGUGUACUCGCGCGUCAGCUGCCUGCAGGGCUGGUUCUUCGAGAAGGGAGAAAAGCGGGCGACCGCUGUUGUGGGGGCGCUGGAAGCGUUGACAACCAUCACACGUGUGUUCGGCACGCGGAUUGCAUCCAGCCUCACAGAGACCGUCAACGUUGUCAGCCGGCUGUUGCGCAAUGCAGAGCCCAGCGUGCGGAACGCAUCCCUGCAGCUGCUGCUGGCAGCAAUCGAGGUGAUGAAAGGCGCGGGCCCCACUUCCGCGUACACUGACGCAGUGCGCGCACUCUCCGGCUAUGGCGUGAGAGAUAGGUCCGCCCUGGUGCGCGAGACCACGGCACACUGCAUCCAGGCGCUCGCGGUUACCGGCGGGCCGGGGCUGGCGGGAGGGGCGCUGGAUUCCAUGGCGCAGCUGUGUGUGAAGGCGGUGGACGACCCAGCGCAGGCUGUGAGGGACGCUUUUGCUGCUGCACUGGGAGCGGUGGUGGCUCUCGGCCUCAACCCUUCCGCUCAGAUUGUCCCCAGGGGCAAGUCGUCAGCAGCGCCCCCCAAGGCCAUGGACAAUGCCAUUCAGAAGUACCUCACUACACCGUUUGUUCGAGCCCCAGCAUCGCGCAGCAAGGAGAUCCGAUUGGCCAUUGCUAUGGCAUGGGUGGCGCUGCUCCAGAGUUUGAGGGCUCAGUAUGGAGUAGCAGACAUGGACCUGGUGCCCUAUGGCAUGCAGGCCCUGGCGCUUCUGCCCGCCUAUGCUCGUUCCAUUGACUCGCAGGCUCAGGCAUGUGCUCUCUACAUUCUUCAAGUGGGGCUUGUGGAGCAGAUGGGGGAGGAAGCACAGCGGGAGUUCACUCGAACACUCACACACCAGCUGACAGCCAGUGACAUGGGUCCGCACAUGCUCGUUGCUGCUCUGCGCACGCUCUCCCACCUCCUCAACACGCUUGGCGAGGUCACGCAAGCAGCGAGAGAGGCACUGGACUACGGUCUGCUGGCAACUCUCUCCAACUCCUCUCCUGCUGUGCGGGUGGAGGCAGCGCGCACCAUCAAGGUGCUGGCGCAGGUGGACGCGUCCCGUGCCCACUCCUUUAUCCUCUCCGGCUUCACUGCUCUCCGUGCGCUCAGGGAAACCAUGAACACUGAGAAGGGUGAGCGUUUGAAGCUGACUCUAGACUCUCUGCAUGGCCAAGCGCUCAUGCUCUCCGCUCUGCUCGUCCUUGGGCCCAAGCUGCCCCUCGGUCUCCCUUCCAGCCUCUCACUCUCCAUUCUCGACAUGGCACAGCAGAUGGUGCUGUCGCCAGGCCAGCUGCCAGCAGCAGCAGCAGCAGACCACGAGGCGGGCUGGAUCCUCAUUGCCUCGCUGCUGCUCUCCAUGCCCAAGGAGGAGGUGGCACGGAGGGAGGUGGAGUUUCUUGCUCUGUGGACCAUGCCCUUUGGGGGCAGCUGCGCCGACCGAGUCAAGAGAAUUGACGCUGCAAGCCUGCCUGGAGAGCUCAACUGCUGGUCCGCAGCCAUGGAUGCUCUGAGGGCGUUCAUUGUGAGCUAUGUGGUGCCCAACCUUGCAACUCCCUCUGUGGCUGAGACCAUCAACCCCAUCAUGGGCUACCUCUCAGGAGCACUGACGUACAUUGCGUCAUCAACCCUGGGCGAGGCGUCGUCAUCAGUGAAGCAGCACGCGGAGCUGUUCAUAGUGCGCACGCUCAACACCUUCCACGCGUUGCCCGACCCUGCACUCUACCGCCACCUGCACCCCAUGCUCAUCGACAUCUGCACCGCUCCCUUCCGAGAAACGGCAUCAUACCCGAGCAGCUCUCUCCUCCGCACUCUGCUAGAGCCCAGUGACUCCAAUCUUGGCCCCUGGUUCCCGGGAAGGGAUGUGCUGGAGGACGAGUUACGUGCGCUGGAGGGUGGCAUGGAUGGGGUCAUUGCGUCUGUCUGGGAAGAUGACACCUCCACCUUCCCACAGUCCGUGCCUCUGGGAGUGGCUCUAGUCGACUCCAUGCUACGCUGCUUCAUCGCGCUCUUCCCCAUCCAGGUUCCAAUGUCCAAGGUAGCGCUGGUGGAUACCUUGUCUGUGGCGGUGAAGGGCAACAAGCGCCAGGCUCUGCGCGUCUCUGCCACUGCCAAUGCCUGUGUGGUGGUGGUUGGCACUCUCAAGGCCAUGGUAGCACGCAAGGCAAAGGAGGAGGAUGCAGAGACCCUGCGUCGUAUCCAGGCGCUGGUUCAGAGCUUUGUGGCGAGUGACCCGUCCAACCCAGCGUUCAAGAGGGCGUCAGCAGAGGCCUUGGGCCUGCUGGCUCGCCUGGGAGACGAUCUCUUUGCUGUGCGCCUGAUCCGUUCUCUACUGGCAGAGGGGGAAGCGGCCACUGACCCCUCCACCAGGGCAGCUGUCGCUCUCGCAUUCGGAUCAGUGCUCCGCAGUGUGGGUGGCAUAGCGCUCUCAUCCUUCAUCUCCCCAGUGGUGCAGUUCCUAAUGGCCAUGGCACGUGCACCAGGAGAGCACCUGGGGCACAUCUGGGCUCUGCACGCGCUCUGGCUUGCUGCCGACGCUGCUGGCCUCUCGUACACUCCCCAUGUACAGGCCACCUUGUCGCUGCUGAUGGACGUGCUGCUGUCAGACGACCACGUCGCAGCGGGCUUGCCUCAGAGCGUGGCUCGUCUGGUCAACGCCCUCGUGGCCGUCUUUGGCCCUGAGCUGCUCCCAGGCUCUACGGUCUUCUACCGCUGCAAGUGUAUUCUGGAUGACAUCAGCCAGAGAAACGACCCUGCUGCACAGCUAGAGUGUGUGCUGUACACACAGCAGCUGGUGCUGUUUGCGCCUCAGGCCAUGCCUCUGCACCACCAUGUUACCACCCUCCGCGCCACCCUCACCUCCCGCCAGCCGAGUUUGCGGUUUGCUGCCAUUUCCACUCUGCGUCACAUGUGUGAGAGAGAGCCGGCGGCCAUGGUAUCAGAGCAGAUAGAGGAGGACCUCUUUUCCAUGCUUGACAACGAGACGGACCCCAGGGUCAUAUCCGGUGUGUGCAUGGCCUUGGAGCGACUGCUAGAGGCUGCAUGCCCCACAUACCCCAGUCGAUGGCUUCGCCUCUGCAAGAACGUGGUAUCUUCGUCUGCUCUUCCCUCCUCUUCUUUCCAGAAGUUGUUUGUUGCCGCUCUGCCUCGUUUUUUCUCCCCCACCCUCUCCACUCUCCGCCCCCUUCCUCCACGCCCCUUUCCACCCCUCUCCUCUUCCCGCAAAACCGCGCUACCCACCCACCUGUGCCUCGUCCUUCCCACCCACCCCGGGCAUAUCAUUUUCUUUCAGGUGCUAGCAGCGUCUGCCACUAGGAGAGCAGGCGAGGCAAAGGAAGUCGCAGGGGAGGGGCGGAAGGGGGAAGCAGGGGAGGACGAGGAGGAUGAUGAGAGUAUGGUGGCGGCAGGGGGGGAUGGAGCGCGCACAGGGGGAGCAGCAGGAGCUGGGGCGGGGGCAGGGGGAGCGGGAGGGGGAGGAGGAGCGGGGAAAGGGGGCGGGGCAGGGAUAGGUGGAGGGACACCGAUUGGGGGCGUGGGAGGAGGGGGAGGAGGGGCAGUGAGGAGGGGAGUGUCUCUCCCAGUUGCCCUACCUGGUGGGCUGGACCCUGUUCACUUCGAUGCUUCUUCCCAGUCAACUCAAGAGUCCUCUAUCCCACUCUUCUUCAGCGAAGCGAACAAGGCCGCCUGUCCCUCCUGCCACCCUCCCGUCGUCGUGACGCCCAGGUGUCUAUCCUGGCUGUCCUACGUGGUGCCUCUCCCGGCUGCCCUACAUGGUGCCUCUCCCGGCUGCCCUACAUGGUGCCUCUCCCGGCUGCCCUACAUGGUGGGCUCCGACCCUGCUCACUUUGACAUCACUGUCGCAAAACAUAAAGUGGACGCGAGGAGGCAGGCCGGCCGCGAGAGUGGAGGGGGCAGUGCACAGCAGGCGGACUGGCUCGUGCUGCAUCUGGGUGACCUCGUGGCUGUGGCCUUCCAGAUGGCAACAGGAAGCAUGGAAGGCGUUCGCCCCAUGGGGGUGUCUCUCCUUGGGACCAUACUGGACAAGUUUGGUCACACAGAGGAUCCAGACUUUGAGGGCCACAUUCUGCUCGAGCAAUACCAGGCGCAGUAUGUGUCCACGGUGCGCACAGCCAUGGAUGCUGCCAACAAUCCGCUGCUGCUGCUGGCAGGUGCCAGGCUGGCAGAUAAGGUUGUGAGCGGCAGGUUAAGAGGCUCAGACGAAUCUGUGGUGCCACGUGUCAUGACCCUGUUGGCCACGCCCCUCAGCAAGUGGGAUGCCCUUGGCAACUGGUCCUAUGCAGAAUGGGUUGGCUUCAAG